AUGUUUACUCUUUAUGUAUGGGGUUCAGGUUUUGAUCUAGCUUCCAUUGAUCCAGGUUGUUUGACAGCUAUUUCUUAUUUUCAACUUUUUGUCUCAGAAGAAUGGUGUAUCAUUGAAUGUAACAACCCAAACUUAUCUUGGACGGGUGAAUUACCAGUUUUGAAAGACGGAGUAGAAUGGGUUACAGGUAUAAAUAAUAUAAUAAAAUAUAUGAAAAGAAAGAGAUUCGACGCUGACGAACAUUUGACAAGCAGGCAAAGAGCCGAUAGCUUGGCGCAAAACGAAAUUUACGAUUCUUUGGUAAGUUCAAUUACCCAAUUUAAUUUAAAAUGGAUUGCUAAAGCAAGAUUAGAAAAAUAUGGUAUUGUCUCUGUUGGGGAUCGAGAAUUUCUUGUGGAUACGGAUAAGCAAUUAGAGAUGUAUAAAAUUAUCAGGAAAUCUUAUGAGGUAUUGUUGAAUAAAAUCGGCAAUGAGGAGUUUUUCCUUGGAAAUAAAGUUUCCACGCUUGACAUAGCGAUAUAUGGACAUCUAGCAGUUCACCUAUACUCGGAUCUGCCAAAUCCAAAUUUAGCUAUUAUUCUCAAUACAGAAUAUCCUAGUCUUGCAAGGUUUUGUGAACGCAUGAAAAAUCGACUUUCUGAAAGGGAGAUUGUAAAAUUGCCGGCAAAUGAUCUUCCAUCUGUCUUCACAGGAAUUUUCAGUUCUCCUCGUACAUGGUUUAACAACACAUUCUGGAGAACUAGGAACGUAGAAAAAAGGCCAGAAAAAUCUCAAGCUCAAAAGGAUUUUGAGAGAAAAAGGUUGAUGUUUAUUACUGGAGCAGUUUUAUUUAUGGUCAUUCAUGUAGUCUGGAAUGGAAUCAUCAGGAUAGAAUUCACUGAUGUAGAUAGCGAAGAGGAGGAACAUUAA